UUCAUGUUUCACUUUCAACCUCAUAAUUUUUAUUUUUUUCUAAAACAAUCACCGAUAUUCAUACAAAUAUAUUAUUACACGGAUACAUAGAUACAGUUUGUAUAUAUAUCUUUGUAGUUAUAUAUGUUUAUUGAAUUUGGGUUUCGUCAUUGAAGUUCGGGGAUGCCGUCGAUUGAGUAUGUACGCCCUGUAAUUUACAAGAAAUUUCAUUUGAAUUCGAAUUCUAGUUUCAAAGAUUGGCAUGGAUUGGGAUUCUCUCGUGUUCAAUCUAGGGUAUUUCAUCGCGACGCGAAAUGUUUGGUUCAGAACUCGGUAUCGUUUCCGUCGGUUAAUGCUCUGAAAAUUUCGGAUAAUUUCGGGCUAUGGGGAGGUCACCUGAGAAGUAAUAAUGGUGGACUGAGGAGGUUUAAGAUUUUGGCGAGUGGUCAAGACAGCGAUUCGGGAGAAAAGAGUGAAGCGAAGUCGAGCGAGGGCCAAGGUGUGAAUAAUAAUAAGUCACCGAAUUCGGGCCCGAAUCGGAGGAGGGAGAAGCAGCAGGGGAAAGGGAACUGGUGGUGGUCCAAAGGCGGGAAGUGGCGGUGGCAGCCCAUGGUUCAGGCUCAGGAAAUUGGGAUUUUGCUUCUUCAAUUGGGGAUAGUAAUUUUCGUUAUGCGGUUGCUCCGACCGGGGAUUCCCUUGCCCGGGUCGGAGCCGAGGACGCCGACCACUUUUGUGAGUGUCCCUUAUAGCGAUUUUUUGAGUAAAAUAAAUAGUAACCAAGUGCAGAAGGUGGAGGUUGACGGAGUACAUAUCAUGUUCAAGUUAAAAUCUGAGGCUGCUAGUCAGGAAGGUGAAGUGAAUAGUGGUGUUAUGGCUGGUAGUAAGUUGCAGGAAUCGGAGUCCUUGAUUAGGAGUGUGGCUCCAACAAAGAGGGUGAUUUACACGACGACUAGACCGACUGAUAUUAAAGCUCCAUAUGAGAGAAUGCUUGAGAAUGAGGUGGAGUUUGGGUCGCCGGAUAAGCGGUCGGGUGGAUUCUUGAAUUCUGCAUUGAUAGCUUUAUUUUAUGUGGCUGUGCUUGCAGGACUUCUCCAUCGGUUUCCCGUAAGCUUUUCUCAGCAUACUGCUGGUCAAAUUAGGAACCGCAAAUCUGGGGGACCUGGUAGCACAAAAGUCUCUGAACAAGGGGAAGUAAUCACCUUUGCUGAUGUUGCUGGUGUUGACGAGGCUAAGGAGGAGCUUGAAGAAAUAGUGGAAUUUCUUCGAAAUCCAGACAGGUACGUACGACUUGGUGCACGUCCUCCUCGUGGUGUUCUUCUGGUGGGUCUUCCUGGGACAGGUAAGACUCUUCUCGCAAAGGCUGUGGCUGGGGAAGCUGAUGUACCUUUUAUAAGUUGCUCUGCAAGCGAGUUUGUUGAAUUGUAUGUUGGCAUGGGUGCUUCUCGUGUGAGAGAUCUCUUUGCACGAGCAAAGAAGGAAGCACCAUCAAUAAUAUUCAUUGAUGAGAUAGACGCAGUAGCUAAAAGUCGUGAUGGUAAGUUUCGCAUUGUCAGCAAUGAUGAGCGAGAACAGACUUUGAAUCAGUUGCUUACGGAGAUGGAUGGAUUUGAUAGUAAUUCUGCUGUAAUUGUUCUUGGUGCAACUAACCGCUCAGAUGUCCUAGAUCCUGCACUUCGCCGACCAGGGAGAUUUGAUCGUGUUGUCAUGGUGGAGACACCUGAUAGGAGUGGAAGAGAAGCAAUAUUAAAGGUGCAUGUUUCUAAGAAAGAGCUUCCUCUUGGUGAGAAUGUGGAUCUCAGUGACAUUGCAUCUAUGACUACUGGGUUUACUGGGGCAGAUCUUGCAAAUUUGGUAAAUGAAGCUGCUUUGUUGGCUGGAAGACAAAACAAAGUUAUAGUGGAGAAAGUUGAUUUCAUUCAAGCAGUGGAGAGAUCAAUAGCUGGAAUAGAAAAGAAGACUGCCAGGCUGCAGGGAAAUGAGAAGGCUGUAGUUGCUAGGCAUGAAGCUGGUCAUGCAGUAGUAGGAACUGCAGUUGCAAAUCUUCUUCCUGGACAACCACGUGUCGAGAAAUUAAGCAUAUUGCCAAGGUCUGGUGGUGCCUUGGGAUUUACUUAUAUUCCCCCAACACAUGAAGAUAGAUAUUUACUCUUCAUUGAUGAGUUACAUGGUCGCUUGGUUACUCUUCUUGGUGGGCGUGCGGCUGAAGAAGUAAUCUAUUCAGGUCGUGUGUCAACAGGUGCUCUUGAUGAUAUCAGACGAGCAACUGACAUGGCAUACAAGGCAGUGGCUGAGUAUGGUCUUAAUCAGACAAUUGGCCCUGUGUCCAUAGCCACUUUAUCUGGUGGUGGAAUGGAUGAGUCUGGGGGAGCUGUUCCUUGGGGGAGGGAUCAGGGGCUUCUUGUUGAUAUGGUUCAAAGAGAGGUGAAAUUACUUUUGCAAUCUGCUUUGGAUGUUGCUCUUUCUGUGGUGCGAGCAAACCCUACUGUUUUGGAGGGGCUCGGUGCUCAAUUAGAAGAAAAAGAGAAAGUGGAAGGUGAUGAGCUGCAACGGUGGUUAAACUUGGUGGUUGCUCCUACAGAGUUGUCGUUAUUCAUUAGUGGCAAGCAAGAGUCUCUUCUUCCCUUCCAGAGUGAAACUGAGAUUAAAACCAUUUCUUAGUUGCUCCUCAGCUUCACGUGAAACAUGAAGUAACUCAACAGCCCAUUCUGUGGUUACCACCAUGCCUUCGCAAUAGGCAUCAACUCACUCACUCAUACUCCUUUGUAUAUCUCGGUAUAGCAAAUUUUGGCUUUCCUUUCUUAACAUUAAAUCUUUGCUUUUAAUCUCACAAUUUCCCAGCCUAACCAAAAGAGUGGAGGGAAGAAUUUGAAGAUUCGUAUUCACAAAUCCCUCUCAAGUGUUUGAUACUUUGUAGGUUGGUUUUUGAAUUAUGGUGUACAUUAACUGUUACGGAACUCAGUUGGAUCCGGCUGUAUACAAUUGUAAUUGUUAUUCAGUUGUAUACUCUAUUAUUAUUUGUGAAAUAUAUGACAGCUUUAGGUUCAAUAAA